AUGUUGUCCCGACCGAGCUUUAGCAUCCGGAAGUUGAUUCCGAGCCCGCAGAAGAAGCCGGAUGGACAGGACGGCUACGAGGGCUCCUACUUUUACCACGACGAUGAAGACGACAUGGACACACUGAGCCGGAUCAAGACAUGGAGGCCACCAAUGGGUUUGAUGAAGCGGUCCAAGCCCAGCAUCGAUAUCCGCCGGAGCGAGGACCUGCACAAGAUCAUUUGUAUCCCACCAUUACCCGACACGCCACAGUCGUCGACGACUUCUUUGUGCAGUGUGGAAAAUAACAGCAACAAUGGAGCCGGUUGCGUGGUGAACAGCAGCUCCUCGCCCCCUCGGCGCCCGGACCGGAGCCCUUUGGCGAGCCCCAUGAUGAGUCCCGAGCGAAGCCCGCAGAGAAGCCCACAAAGGAGUCCGCUUCUUCUCCCCCAACAAUUCGAUGAGCAACAACAACAACAGCAACAAUAUCAACAAAUGCCUCCGCGAGGGAGAAGCCCGAAUCCAAGUCGCUCGCUUCACCCUGUCCAACUAACACCUCCUUCUUCCCCUCCUCAGGCGGAUAUAGGAUCAGAAACACCAUCAAUAUCUCCCGAUACCGUGCCAUCAACCCCCGAGAGCAUCAACAGCAGCCAGCCGACGUCUCCCGAAGCCAUCACAGUAACACCGCCCUCGGAAACGCACACCGAAGCCGGCGAUAGCCCCGUCAUGGUCGUCGUCUCUGGCAACUCAUCUCCGCAAGAUCCCCAGCGCCUCUCGCCCCAGACGAAUGAAGCGCCUUUCACCCCGAGCCCGACAUUGAGCAUCGGGAAACUGUCUGACCAAGAGCUAGACAAGUUCCCUAAGCCCAAGAACGUCUCGCCCAUUUCUUCUCCUCCUAUGCGCCGGAAAUCGCAACGACGGAGCCAGGGGUCGGUUAAGUCGGUCAAGUCACCGACAAAGACGUCGAUGAAAGACCCUUUGUUGGUACCCGCACAAGCAAGACUGCCGUCGAAUUCGAGGCCCAAGCGGGCCAAGUCUAAAAAGGCUAGGAGGCGGCCGACGCGGGCACCUGCACGGCAGUCAUCGGUGUGGCAGCUGACUGAAAGCGCUAAAGACCUGUUCACGAUACGCAUCUUCCACCGGAUUGAAGUCGACGAGAUGCUGCCCGAGAGCACGCUGCGGGAGAUCCGGAUGAGCCGGGCUGCGCAUUGGACGAGAUCUCCUGAGCUGGGGGUCACCCACAUUGAUAAGAAGAGUGCCGCCGCCGCUGCUGCGGCGGCUGCUGCUGCUGCUGCUGCGGCUUCUGUCCCGAAUACCGCCGUCGCGGUCGAAGCUACGCCGAUCGAGCCAUUGAGCCUUAACGACUCGGCCGCCGAUGCUGCUGCUAUGAGCGAAGAGAUCGUGACGCCCCGUGCUUCUGUCCUGAACCCCAGAUCUAACGAGGUAGAUGGCGAUGACUGCAAGACACCCACGGGACUACCAGAAGGGGGGAUGAUGAACAGGACCGAGGAGGCAUUCCGGCUCCAGACGCUGCUGGAAGACCAAGUCGACCCCGCCUCAUUGCCUCUGCAACAACCAGACUCGCCGACGACCAGGUCGUAUGAUGGGGACAAUGACGAUAAUGGGAGCUUACCGAUCAUGAUGAUUGUGGAGGACGAACAAGGGCAACAAAAGCAGAUUGCUCAGACCGGCCAGUUGGCCGCGUCGCCCAUGCCACCUCUUCCGGUGAAGCCGCCCAUGCAUCGCCGAAUGCCGAGCAGACAGCUCCCGCCUCUGCCCACGAUUCCCGAGAUCAUCACGACGGGGGCAGAAGAAGCGCUGCUGUCGCCCACGUCGACACCGGUCCCGAUCGGCUCGCCGGCCAAGGUGAACGUCGAGGACUACAUCUUCCUCCAGAGCAGCCCCUGCACACUGACAAUGCCGAUGUUCCGGCACGGGCAGAUCCGGCUGGCCAAGGCUGAUCUGCCGAUCGGCAAGCUGGCCGCGGCCGUCGACGACACCCUAGACUGGACCGCGUUUCAGAUGGCGAUCCUUGGCGGUGCGGGCGAUUUCUUCAGUGAGCCGACCGACUACUCGCGGCCGUCCGAGGCGGAACUCGACGAACGCGAGGAACUUGCCUCGUGGUUUGGGAGCCUUGGUUUCUUGGGGGCUGGGUCUCUCAUCGGCCCUACCGAGCCGCGAACCCCGAGUUCCGGCUGGACGCCUGUCUUCCCCCGGACCCCGACUCUAUCACCCACCUCCUCGCCAAGCUCGAGCUCAACUUCCACCUCAACAUCGACAUCCAUCCCGACGCCCAAGACCGGCAGCACCAGCCCCAAUAUCAGCAUAAGCACCAGCCCCGACCCCAGCAGCAGCAGCCCACGUCCCGUGACUAACGGCGCCUCGCGCGCGAGCCCGGGCAUUCGACGCAUCGAUCCGCCCGCCGUAUCGGCCGACGCCAAAGACGGCUUCGGCGGACCUCUAGGCGACUCCAUCGCCGGCCGCUUCUUUCCCUCUCCAGGCCACAUCCUCGGGCCCUCGGCAACCUUUUCCCCGGGACCGAGCCCUCACCACCUCCAAGCCGGCCACUCCGGCCCGCGUCACAGACGUAGUGCAAGCAGCACCACAUUUAGCCAGGCCACGGCCAAACAACAGAAGCAGCAACAGCAACAGCAGCAUUCGCACCAUUCCGUUUCCUUCGAAAGCCGACGCAACCACGCCAACCUCGCGAUCGAUGCGACCCGCCGUCCCAGCGUCGACAGUGUUCAGAGCCUGCCGCAGAGCCCAAUGAUGGAUCUUGUCGUGAGCCAUGAUGUGGAGGGAAAUGAGUACAUUGUUGCGAUGGGCUUCAACCUGAGCCAUGAUUUGGGAGAUUUCCUGACGUGGCAGGCGGAGCACGCAGAACAUGUGUCGGACGUUGGGUUCGGUGGCUCUGCGGAGGAGAAGAAGAGGGUAGAGGGGAGAACUGGGAGGGAGGUUUAA